GAGUCUAAAAGGUCGUUGGCCUGUUCCAUCGUCCGAAGCGGGAAGGCUUGCCGGGCAGAGUUGGGAAGGAAGCCGCCUUCCGAUUGGCUGCACGUACAAGGCCGGCGUCCUGCGCGUGGCUGGCCCUGGCAGAGGGAGAUCCUGGCCAUCGCGGGCUGGCGCUCAAACUUCCCGGGCCUAGAGCGCGGGGCCUGCCGGGAAAGCGCCGGACGGUUGUCACCUGCCGGCUGGCAGCCGCGGGUGGGCUCCGACAUGCAGAGCACAGACCUGGGCAACAAGGAGAGCGGCAAGAUAUGGCACCGCAAGCCAUCCCCGGCCGCUCGGGACGGAAUUAUAGUGAACAUCAUUCAUACCACUUCUGAUUACCUUCCCAAAGUUCUGCGAUUUUUGAAUGUGGCUUUUGAUAGCUCAGGUGAUUGCUUAAUUGCUGGGGAUCAUCAAGGAAAUAUCUAUGGUUUUGACUUGCCUGGAAACAGGUUUAAUCUUGUUCAGCGAACAGCACAAGCUUGCACAGCUCUGGCCUUUAAUCUUCAUAGGAAGUCUGAAUUCCUUGUGGCGUUAGCUGAUUAUUCUAUUAAAUGUUUCGAUACAGUCACCAAGGAGCUGGUUAGCUGGAUGAGAGGACAUGAAUCAUCGGUGUUUUCAAUCUCUGUGCAUGCAUCAGGAAAGUACGCCAUCACUACUUCUUCUGAUACAGCACAGCUCUGGGACUUGGAUACCUUUCAGAGAAAAAGAAAGCUGAAUAUUCUCCAGUCUGUGGGUAUACAAAAGGUUUUCUUUCUCCCAUUAAGUAAUACCAUCCUCAGCUGCUUUAAAGAUAAUUCCAUCUUCGCCUGGGAAUGUGAUACACUUUUUUGCAAAUAUCAAUUGCCAGCUCCACCCGAAAGCUCUAGCAUACUGUACAAAGUGUUUGCUGUGACCAGAGAUGGCCGAGUCCUGGCCGCUGGAGGCAAAUCAAACCAUCUUCAUUUGUGGUGCUUAGAAGCAAAACAGCUAUUUAGAAUUAUCCAGAUGCCUACUAAAGUUCGAGCCAUUCGCCACCUAGAGUUUCUUCCUGAUAGUUUUGAUGCUGGUUCUAACCAGGCUCUUGGAGUGCUAAGUCAAGAUGGUAUUAUGAGAUUCAUCAAUAUACAGACUUGUAAACUUCUCUUUGAAAUCGGGAGCCUUGACGAAGGAAUCAGCUCAUCGGUAAUUAGCCCACAUGGACGGUACAUUGCAUGUGUUAUGGAAAAUGGAAGUCUGAACAUAUAUUCAGUUCAAGCUUUAACACAAGAAAUAAAUAAGCCACCUCCUCCUUUAGUGAAAGUGAUCGAAGAUUUGCCUAAACGUAAACUGACUUCUGGUGAUUUUAAGAUGAAAGUAACAUCAGGAAGAGUACAGCGGCCAGCAAAAUCAAAGGAAAACAAAAUACAGACCAGAAUAUUAAAGCAAGACCUGACUGGCCAUCUUGAAAAUAAAGAGAAUGAAUUGCCAGAUGGAUUAAAUAAAAAACGUUUACAAAUCUUAUUAAAAGGCUAUGGUGAAUAUCCAACAAAAUACAGAAUGUUCAUCUGGCGCUCUCUGCUACAGUUGCCUGAAAAUCAUACUGCAUUUAGUAGCUUGAUAGAUAAAGGUGUCCACAUGGCAUUUCUCAACCUUCAGAGGAAAUACCCCAUCAAAAGUAGGAAACUACUCAGAGUAUUACAGAGAACCCUAUCUGCAUUGGCGCACUGGUCUGCCAUCUUUAGUGACACACCGUAUCUUCCACUCCUGGCAUUUCCAUUUGUAAAAUUAUUCCAGAACAACCAACUCAUCUGUUUUGAAGUUGUUGCUACUCUCAUAACCAAUUGGUGUCAACACUGGUUUGAGUAUUUUCCUAACCCUCCUAUCAAUAUUCUUAGCAUGAUAGAAAAUGUCCUGGCUUUUCAUGACAAGGAGCUGCUGCAGCACUUCAUAGAUCGUGACGUAACUUCCCAGCUAUAUGCAUGGCCUCUUCUUGAAACUGUGUUCUCAGAAGUACUGACAAGAGAGGAGUGGCUAAAAUUAUUUGAUAAUGUCUUUUCCAACCAUCCUUCAUUCCUGCUGAUGACCGUUGUAGCCUACAACAUAUGUUCUAGAGCUCCUUUGCUCAACUGUGAUCGUAAAGAUGAUUUUGAGUACUUUUUUCACCAUCGGAAUAACCUGGACAUAAGUGUUGUAAUUAGGGAAGUUUAUCAUCUCAUGGAUACCACACCUGCUGACAUUCAGCCAGAGAGGGUGCUCAGUGGUUUUGUGGCACUGACAAAAGGACAGUAUCCAGUAUUUAACCAGUAUCCCAAGUUCAUUGUGGACUGUCAGACACAGGAACGCGAACGAAUAAGGAAUGAUGAAUUGGAUUACUUACGAGAGAGGCAGACGGUUAAGAAUAUGCAAGCUGAAGUGGACCAACAACGAGCUGAAGAUGAAGCUUGGUGCCAAAAACAAGAACUACUCCAUAAAGCUGAAGAAACCAGGAGAGAAAUGCUCCUACACGAGGAGGAGAAGAUGCUACAGCAAAGACAGAGACUAGCUGCUAUGAAAAGGGAGCUGAAAAUACAGGAAAUGCACUUACAGGAUGCCGCAAGAAGGCGUUUGCUGAAGCUUCAGCAAGAUCAGCAGGAAAUGGAACUGAGGAGACUGGAUGAUGAGAUUGAGAGAAAGGUAAAUAUGAGAGAUCGAGAAAUUGCUACCACAGCCAAAGACCUAGAAAUGAGACAUCUGGAACUUGAAUCACAAAAAAGACUUUAUGAGAAGAAUCUUACUAGAAAUCAAGAAACUGUUGCAAAAGAAAUGAGAGAAGAUAUAGAUGCCUAUAGACGAAAAGUAGAUCUUGAAGAACGCUCAUUUCAUAGAUUGAUAGAAGCAGAUCAAACACAGAACCAAAAAGCCCAAAAGUUAAUUGAAGAAAACUUGGCAAAAGCUGAACAAGCCUGUCUAAAUACUGACUGGCAAAUUCAGGCUUUACAAAAACAAAGGUGGAGUGAUCAACAACGAAAUGAAUCUUACCGGGAAAUGGCCAAACUCCUUCGGGAAAACAGAAGGAAAGAAAUAGAAGUAUUGAAUGCAAUGAUGCAGAAUGAAGCUAAAAAAUGGAAGGAAGCUGAAGAAAAAGACUUUCAGCUGAAAUCAGCAAAGAAAGCUUCUGCUCUUUCAGAUGCAUCUAGAAAGUGGUUUCUAGAGAAGGAGAUAGACGAUGCUUUGGAACACGCUGAACACAUACAUAAUAAGGCAAUAGUGCCCAGAUGCCAAAAUGAACGGGUUGCCUCAAGCCGUUUGCCUAGAACCUCACAGUUAGAUGACAUUUCUGAAAUGGAUUCCUCAACUCGGAUUUCUUUAAACCAAAGAAAAAUGCAGUGGGACACCAUGGAACGGGGUCUUCUGGAGAGAGUGAGAAACCUUCGCCAGAGACUCACCGCGCAGGCUCGUAGCCGAUGUCAAGCACCUCAUCUUUUGGCCACAUAGGAGGCUGGUCACCUUGAAAGAGUCAAAGAAAUACCUAUUUUGCAAUUAGUGAUACUGAUUUUUAGAUUAUUUAAAUUCCUGUAAAGAUCAACCUUUUGUAUAGAAAACUGUGUGUAGAAAAAUUAUGUAUUCUAUUUAAUUCUUAUGCUUUUUGGCUUGUAAAUGGCUUCUGGUACUUCUCACAAUAAAAAUUUUUGAAGGUA